AUGUUAACUCUUGCAAUUGGAGACUUGUUCAUUCCAGAUAGAUCAAUAGAUUUACCACCUAAUUUUAAAAAACUAUUAGCUCCUCAGCCUAGUAGUUCCCCGAGCAAUAGUAAAAUCAAUCAAGUAAUAUGUUUGGGCAACAUUACCAAUUCCGACUCAACGUUGCAAUUUUUAACCAAUAUAUCCCCACUGUUCAAUUUGGUCAGAGGUGAAUUCGAUAACCCAACAAUCUUAUCACAACAAUUAACAUCAUUGAAUAAAAACAGUUCAAUUCCUUUGUGUAAUAAGUUUGUUCAUGAUAAUUUAAAGAUUGGUUAUACGAAUGGUUAUCAACUUGUACCAAGGGGAGAUCCAUUGGUGUUGGCGGCUAUUGCUAGAGAGUUGGAUGUUGAUGUUUUGAUAUGGGGUGGUACACAUAAAGUAGAAGCUUAUACUUUAGAUGGAAAGUUUUUCAUUAAUCCAGGAAGUGCCACAGGAGCAUUUAGCUUUGAUUCACCUGAUAAUGACGACGACGAUGAUGACGAAGUAGAACAAGAAGAGGAGGAUCCAGAAGUGAAAGAAGGUGAAAGUGAAGUAAAGGAGAAGGAACUGGAAGAGGAAAAGAAAGAAUUAGAUAGUGACAAGAAAAGAGACAAAGACGAUAAUAAGAAAGAGGAAAGUGACAACUCUGUUGAUCCGAAACAGGUUCUCUAUGAGGUGACUGAAAUGAAUUCCAACAUACCUUCCUUUUGCUUACUCGAUACACAUGGUUCGACCUGUAUUUUAUAUAUUUAUACACAUAUUGAUGGGGAAGUUAAAGUUGAUAAAGUUACAUAUACAAAAGAUUAA